AUGGAAGAAGGACCAUAUCAAGAUCUCGACUCGGUAUCUUCAAAGUGGCGAAAGAUGAGUGGGGUCGUCAACCGGUUUUCGGAGGAAUAUAAUAAAAUAUACACAAGUGGGCGCCGUAGUGGGAUGAGCGGCGAGUUUGUCUUCAAAGCGGCAUUGGAAAAAUACAAGACGAACCAUAAAACCGCAUUCCCCAACGUUCGGGCUUGGGAAGUUAUGCGAAAGGCCCCAAAGUGGGCGCCGGUUCCGAAUGAGGUUGAGAUGGAAAAACGUCAAAAAACCUCGGAGACCGGUAGUUUUAGCGCCGGCGGCUCGGACGCGAGAUGUCACAUUAAUUUAAACGACGACGCCGAGUUCGACGAAGAAGAGUACGCCGUAAGGGAGGAGGAACGUCCCCCCAGGCCGAGACAAAUCAAAGAGGGAGACGACUUCAAAGAAAGAAAAGCAAAAGGUUCAUUACAUCAUGCUUUACUUGCAGCUCAUGAUCCCCGUGGUUACAAAUUAGCAGCAAAACACUCUAAAUGGGUGAAGGCAAUGGAAGAGGAGCUCCUGGCGUUAAAAUCUAACAACACUUGGGUACUUGUUCCACGACCUACAGGUGCAAACAUUGUUGGUCAAGCGGAUCCAUCACUUUUUAUUUAUAAGACAACAAAAGCCAUUGUUUAUCUUCUUGUGUAUGUGGACGACAUCAUCAUCACUGGUAAUGAUUCCUCUUUUAUUACGUCCUUUGUUGCUCGACUGCAUCAAGAAUUUUCAGUUAAAGACUUGGGCCUACUCGGUUACUUCUUGGAUCUUGAAGUUACUCACUCUGAUGCUAGUCUCUUUCUCAGUCAGGCGAAAUAUGCACAUGACAUUUUGUCCUGUGCUGUUCUGUUAGAUUCCAAACCUGUUGCCACUCCUCUUACUACCAAUGAUACUUUCCUCAGCAAAGGUGUCCUGUUUCAUGAUCCGACUCUUUACAGGUCUCUAGUUGGAGCUCUUCAGUAUCUCACCAUUACCAGUCCAGACAUCUCUUAUGCAGUAAAUCAAGCCGGUCAACAUCUACAGGCCCCUACAACAUCUCAUUUUCAGUUGGUUAAACGGAUACUACGUUAUGUUAAAGGAACAAUUGCCUUUGGGUUAACCUUCUCUAAACCAACUUCAACAGCGACCGUUGGAUAA